CGGCGAGCAGCGGCGCGGCCCCGCUGGACGGCGCGUCCCGCCGCGGCGCAGGAAAAGAGAUUCCCGGCGGUGCCUCGGGCGCGAAGCCUCCCCCGGGGCCGAUCCGGAGGGACGGGGUGGCCGGAGCAGGGGGAGAAUGAAGCGGUGACGACUCCGGACAGAAGACUCGGCACUGCUGAUCGGGACUCACCUGUGUGCCAGAGCCCCCAGAGCUCCCACAGCCUCCAGCCCUGUCCACAGCUCCCAGCUCCUGCCCACUGGCAGCCCCUGCCCCACGCCGGGGGGCUCGGCCCGGCCGGAUCCCACCGGGAUGAACAUGGUAAAGAGCCCGGGGCAGCUGGAGCAGCGGCUGGCGGGGAUGGUGGCUGUCCGGGAGACGUCUCCAGCCUGGUCUGCCCUGGGAGAGGAGGGGCCGGCGACCAUGAAAAAGGACAAGAGCCAUGGGCGGGACAAGGACUGUAGGCCAAAGCUGGUCCUGAUCAACGGGGACGAUGUACCUGCCAUACGGGACGCGAAGCCCAGCACUCCAGAUUCCAGGAGCCUGAGGCUGCUGCCCCUGAAGAAGGAGAAUAGCAAUGGAGACCUCUCCAAGGAGGACCUGGCCUGGCCACUUGAUCUGGCGCCGAGGGCAGGGCGGACCCGGUACAGAUUGCGGAUCAAGGAACCACCACGCAGUGUGGAGAGUCUCAGGGACCUGCCAACUCCUGUGCGGAGCUCCCGGCGUCGCUCAGCCGUGUCCACACCUGUGACCAUCGACCUGACGGAGGAGGACUCUGAGGACUCAUCCCGCAGCAGCAGCACACUCUCUGGCAGCAGCUCCCAGGAGGGGCAGAACGGCUCUGCUGAGCUGGGGGCCGAGGAGUCAGAGAGCAGAGACAUGGCUCCGGAAUACCAGGAUGGGAAGGAAUUUGGAAUUGGGGAGCUCGUCUGGGGAAAGAUCAAGGGUUUUUCCUGGUGGCCUGCGAUCGUUGUGUCCCACAGAGCCACGGCCAAGCGCCAGGCGGUCUCGGGCAUGCGGUGGGUGCAGUGGUUUGGAGACGGGAAGUUCUCUGAGGUUUCUGCAGACAAACUGGUGGGACUGGUGGCCUUUAGGCAGCAUUUCAAUUCCUCUGCGUUCAGCAAGCUGGUGUCCUACCGCCGUGCCAUUUACCACGUUCUGGAGGUUGCCCGGAGCCGGUCAGGGAAGACAUUUGCAACUGGCCCCAGGGAGUCACUGGAGGAGCAGCUGAAGCCCAUGAUUGACUGGGCAGUAACUGGCUUCAAACCCCUGGGGCUCAAGGGACUGCAGCCACCCAAAGGCUCAGAGAAUGGGGUGCUGAGGAAUGGGACAGAGGAGGUGGUGUCCCUUGAACAGUAUCCCCCCACCAAGAGGCUGAAGACCUACCCCUGCAACAGCAGCAAGGAGCAGCGUGUGGAAGAGGACCAGACCCGAGAGCAAAUGGUUUCCGAAGUUACGAACAACAAUGGGAAUCUGGAAGACAGCUGCUUGUCCUGCGGGAGGAGGAACCCGGCCACCUUCCACCCACUGUUCAAGGGGGGCCUCUGCCAGACCUGCAGGGAUAGAUUCCUGGAGUACUUCUACAUGUAUGAUGAAGAUGGGUACCAGUCCUACUGCACUGUCUGCUGUGCAGGCAAGGAGCUGCUGCUCUGCAGCAAUGCCAGCUGCUGCAGGUGCUUCUGUGUGGAGUGUCUGGAUGUGCUGGUGGGGCGAGGGACAUCGGCCAGAGUAAAAGAGCAGGAGCCCUGGAACUGCUACAUGUGCCAGCCUCAGCAGAACUGCGGCGUGCUGCAGCACCGGCAGGACUGGAACACUCGCCUGCAGGACUUCUUCACCAGUGACAAGGGACAGGAAUUCGCUGCACCCAAAAUCUACCCUACAGUUCCUCCAGCGAAGAGGAGACCAAUUCGAGUGCUCUCGUUGUUCGAUGGGGUGGCUACAGGCCAUCCAGGAGCGACCACAUCGAGUGGUGCUGACGAAGGAGACUCGGAGGCGAAAGAGAGCAGGACUGCGACCUCGGACCUGUGUCCGUUGGCAGGGUACACGGUGCUGAAGGACUUGGGCAUCCAAGUGGAGAAGUACAUUGCCUCAGAGAUCUGCGAGAAGCCCAUGGCUGCAAGCACCGUGCGGCCCGAGGGCAAUAUCACCUACGUGCGGGAUGUCAGGAACAUAACCAAGAGAAAAAUUGAGGAGUGGGGUCCUUUUGACCUGGUGAUCGGUGGCAGCCCCUGUGACGAUGUCUCCCUUGUCAAUCCAACCAGGAAGGCUCUCUUUGAAGGAACCGGGAGGCUGUUCUUCGAGUUCUACCACCUGCUCAACUACGCUCGGCCCAAGGCGGGCGAGGAGCGGCCCUUCUUCUGGAUGUUUGAGAAUGUGGUGGCCAUGAGGCUCAACGACAAGAGGGACAUUUCCCGGUUUCUGGAGUGUAACCCAGUUAUGGUUGAUGCUAUCAAGAUAUCAGCUGCUCACCGAGCUCGUUACUUCUGGGGCAACCUUCCUGGCAUGGACAGGAUCUUUGGCUUUCCCCUCCCCUACACAGAAGUCUCCAACAUCAGCCGUGGGACUCGCCAGAAGCUGCUGGGGGGAUCGUGGAACGUCCCUGUGAUCCGGCACCUCUUCUCCCCACUCAAGGAUUACUUUGCCUGUGAAUAGCAAACUGGAGCGUCCCUGUCUCUCUGGUAAAGAUGCACAGCACCGCUGCUGUGGCGGGAGAGGGACGGGCACGGCCGCCGGCGUGCCACGUGCCGAGGAAUGUCUGUAACCAAAGAACCUGGCAGGGUAACUUCUUUAAAGGGACUAACAGUGAUACCUAGGAAAUGAUGGAUGAAGCUUUAAUUACCCAGCACACGGAGCUCUAUGCAUCACUGAUGAGAUGGGGAGUCUCAUCCUCCAGAGCAUUAACUAUUCUGGUUUAGCCUGGAGCUGGGAAGUCACCACUUGCUGAGCAGCAGUGUGAGGGCAGCUGCUGGGGAGCUGCAGGCAAACCUGAACUACAGUGAAUUGGUGCUUUUCCUAAACAAACAAAACCUCUUGAAGUAACUGCCAAAAAUCCCCAAACCCCAUAGCAGCAGGUGUAAGGGACCCUGCUCAGGUUACACACUGAACACAGAAUCAUACAGAAACCAAAUCUUUUUUUGUUUUUAUUUUUUUUUGGAUAAAAUUUAAUUUUGUUGUUUUAAUGUCUAUUGCUGCUUUAAGGCAUUACAUAAGAAUGUGGAGAUUCCUAGACCUGAAUGUAGCUGAAACUGAACUGUGAGGUGAUAGAAUUACUUUUCUAGCUAGAACUAAAGAAAUUAUGUUUUAUAUGUUUGGUUGUAGUUUACAAAUAUUCACUACUUCCUUUUUAAAGCAUCUAAAACCUUUCCUUACAUUUUAAAAUCCUGCUGAAUGGUUUGAAAGCUUACAUAUUAACUGGAGGGAGGAUUUGGGCUCCAGGGUCUGUAAAGGAAAAUGUUCUUGGAGCAUCCAUUUCCUAAAUGAAUGUCAGCAGGAAGGACAGUGAAUGGUCAAUGGCACCCUCAAAUGUCAGCACCCCCAAUGUCAUGCAGGAUGUCAUGAACCCAAGCAGUGGUGGCAGGGCAUUCCUUCCAGGGAAAAUCCCACCCAACAGGAGUGCAGCACUGCUCUUGCCUGUGCCCAUCUGAUGCUGUGCACAGGGAAUGGGACAGUGAGGCAGGACAGCACUGCCACUGCUGGGGGUCUUGGGGUCUGCAGGCAGGGGCUGUACCUCUCCUCCCCUGCUCUCCCAUCUCCCUGUGCAUCCCUGUGCACAGAGGUGGGAUUGUGUGCCCAGCCCCAGCCUGGCAGUGCCCUGGGGGCUCCUGGGGCUGUACCCCCAAACUGGGGCUCCUGUGGUCACCACUGUGCUCAAUUUUGAUUGUCUUCCUCUACUCCCCAGUUUUGCCACAGUUAUUAUCAUGUUUUCCAUGAAGUCCUGGGCAUGCUGAGCCUGUGCCCACCAGGCAGGUGCAGGUGCCUGUGUCCAUUUCCACCGGGUUUUCCCUAGCCACUGGGCUACUCUUCCAGCAGGCAUCUCUGGGGAUCCUGAAUUCCAAUGCACAUUUCAAUGCACUGAAACGACUUCCCCCUUCUGUCCUCCCCUACCUCUGUGUUCACCUGGCUCUGGAAGAGCUCUCGGGCUUCUUCUCAAAAUUAUUCAGGUUGAAAGCAUGGGCCAACCCUCCACCCAAUCAAUGCCAGGCUGCCUUGCUCUCUUGCAAGGUGCUGUACAGCAUCCCUGGGAAGAGCUUCUCUCCCAGCUCCUUCUACCUCUCUGGCACCCUGUCCCCGUGGUGGAGGACAGCAGCCUCCCAUUUCCACCCUUGUGUGCAGUUUUCCAUCCCAGCUCUGAGGACCAUCUUCUCUUGGUCUCCAAUCCAAGGCUGUGCUUGGGAAUGGACAGCAAGGGAAGCCCAGGUAAUUCAAAGGCUUUUUUUCCCUGUUUUAACCUGGAGGUUACUUUUUAGAGAGAACUCCUUGGGGGUUCAAGGCACAUUAAGAAAACUCUGAGGAAAGCCAAGCAGGUUGGUUCAUGCCACUUCUGGCACCUCCAAUGCUUGACAAGUGCUUGGGGACAUGUAGCACCCUUUUGUCACCAGCCCCUGGACUGGGUUUUGUGCAUGCUGGAGGUGUUUGGGAAACCUUGGCAUUGCCAGCACCGCACCAGCUGCUUUUGGACUCCUUGCCAAUCUGUGAUCCUUGUGUCCAGCUGGAUGCCAGCCACAACACUAAUUCCUCAUCCCAGGUCCUUGCAGUCCCCAUUUGGAGCCCAGCGUGGGGCCUGAGGGCAAACAACCACCCGGUGCAGGGGCUCAGGGUGACAGCCAUCCUCUGCUCUGAUGGGCUUGGUUUUUCUGUGCCCUCCACUCCAUGGCAUCCCUGAUCUUAUAUACUCCAGAUCUCACAUCCUUUCCUAUCUGAUCAAAAGGAAAACAAAUAGUUGAGGGGGAAAAAAAGGACUUGGGGAAAGUAAACAAAGAUAAAAGAGGAAUGAGAAUUGUCUUGGCAUUAAGCUCACUUGAUGAGAAUUGUAGUAGACAAGUCUUCCUUGAAAUGUUUUUCCCUGUAAGAGCUGCCUUUUAUUAUGAGCUUAUAAAAUGUUGUUAAGGGAGGGGGAUCGCAGAAAUUCCUUUUUAAUACUUUUUAAAGGUUUCUAACUCCCUGGUGCUAUUUUUUUAGGUUAAGGAUUUUUAACUUUGAACAUGUUGCGGGUUUUUAUACAAUCUUUUUAAAUGACAGAAAUGUAUAGUUUUUGACACAUUUCACGUUUUUUUGUAUCUAAAGUGUGGAAACUAGCAACUGUGCCUUGUCCACAUGAUUUCACUGGUGACC